ACUGAAGAUUGAUGACACAGUGUCUGGUCUGGGCUUCUAGAACAAGCAAUUUGCGUUGUAGUGUUGCUGGUCAGCAUUACCAGUUGAAGGAAGAAUGCAAAUUCUAGGCUUUAUUGGUUGACUUAGUAACUGAUAAGUUGUUUUUCCGAUUAGAAUUUAAGGGAAAUAAUGGCAGCACGCACUACUUCCUCCAUUGAAAGAUCAAGCACCAAGCAGCUCAAUAACAUCGGUUUGUCUGGACCAUUGCCAUCAUCCUUGUCAGUCCGUCCGACUCCGAUAGGAGAGACAUUUGCCAAGUUUUCUGAUUCUCAGCCGGCUGUCAUGGCAAAAGAGCUUAUGGCUGGGUCUAUAACUCAGCCGAGUCAUUUAAAUUCCAGCGGAGCAAUUGGGCACAUAUUUUCAUCUUCUCCUGGAUAUUCGACUGAUCUUCAUCACUCAUCUCUUUUGCCGCAUGAAAAACACUCAACAAAUGCUCAUUCCAUUUCUCAGUCAUCCAACAUGGCUUCGUUGCCCUUUUCUUAUUCUUCCAAUAGUGGACCGCUUCCUUCUUCAACACCAAAUAAUUAUUUCAAAGAAAACAGUGCUUCCUGGAAUAUAGAACCCCUGUCCAACUUUCUUGAUUUUCCUGUGAAUACUACCAUUGAGAAUAGUCCAGCAGAAAACAGUGCCUGCACUGUCAUGGCAUCUGAGGAGUACUGUAAGCGAAAUGAAUGGCAAGAGUGGGCUGAUCAGCUUAUAAGUGAAGACGAUCCUUUGACUUCUAAUUGGAAUGACCUUCUUACUGACAACAUUCAAGAUCUUGAGCCAAAGGUUUCACAUGUUCCAGGAAACCAGUCCCAAGGUCAGCAGCUACUUCCAGCUUCAUCUGGAGACAAUUGCUUUGGUGCUCCCCCUGCUUCGUCAGCAAGUUCUGCUCCUGCCAAGCCACGGAUGCGAUGGACACCAGAGCUUCAUGAGGCUUUUGUGGAGGCUGUCAACAAACUUGGUGGCAGUGAAAGAGCUACCCCUAAGGGUGUGCUGAAGCUCAUGAAAGUUGAAGGAUUAACGAUAUAUCAUGUUAAAAGUCACUUGCAGAAAUACAGGACUGCUAGAUAUAGACCGGAACCAUCUGAAGGAUCCUCAGAGAAACGACUGACCAUUGAGGACAUGCCUCCUCUAGACCUGAAAACUGGUAUUGAGAUCACUGAAGCCCUGCGACUGCAGAUGGAGGUUCAGAAGCGGCUGCAUGAGCAACUUGAGAUUCAACGAAACCUACAACUGCGAAUAGAAGAACAAGGAAGGUACCUUCAGAUGAUGUUUGAGAAGCAAUGCAAAUCUGGCACUGACAAGAAGGCAUCACCGGCAUCUGCGACAGAGAAGCCAUCGGGAGUGUCUUCAGACGCUAUCAAAGAUUGUGCUGCCAAAGGUGAAGUGGAAGCCUCCCAAGUGGAGGGUGAUUGCAAGUCGGGACGUGAUCAAGCCAAUAACAGUACUGCAGUUGAGGAAAGGUCUCUGGAAGUGGGUAUGAAGAAUGAUGGCCCUGAAAAUCAAGCUUCUGAGAAUCCUAGGCAACAAGCCGGUGAGGAGAGUGCUCCAGCCUCAAAGAGGCAGAGAACAGACGAGUAACUGAGUAAGCCGUAUGAUCUCAGUGUUGAACUGACUAGACAAUCCUGAUUUACAAGAGAUUUAAGUUAGUAAGACUUGGCUAAAUGAUGGGUAGAGCUCCAUGACUCAUAAAUUCCCUCCCUGUUGUGUUGAUGAGUAAUUGCGAGUCUCGUGUAUUUUGCUGUCGCAAGAGGAUGAGUCAGUUUUGAUUAUGACAUUCUUCAACGCCUUUAUUUCUUAGUGUAGUUUAGUUAUGGGAGGAUGACGAUGGGAUUCUUAAGUUAGCUGAGCUCUCACCCUGUGAAGAAACAUAUUAGUGGAGAAUGGAGCAUGUUACUGAUAAAAUCAGUUUAAAAUUAUCAUAAUUACUUUGUUUGCCGGGUACAACUGUAGCUCUUGCAGGAAGACACGUUUGCAGGUGGCUUUGAUGACGGUUAGUUUCUUCCACUUUGUUUCAAUUCCACAUGGCGAAGCAGCCAUGAAGGCCGUGGGAAGGCCUUGCAUUAAUUUCUCAAUGGAAGAGCACCCAAACACAAAUAAAAGUACUAAUCACUAAAUAUAUGAUAUUUCGUAAUUUAAAUGCAACUAGACUGUAAUGGUUUAAGGUAAAUUAUGUUGUUCAUUUCUGACGAAUGUAUACCGAUUUUUCGCGGGGUU